AUGUCCGCCCCACUCCGUCGCAACAUUCUCGUGACAGGUGCCACUGGCAAACAAGGCCGCGCCCUCAUCCAGUCCCUCACAACGCACCACCCAACACACCCCUUCACGCUCUACGCUCUGACUCGCAAACCCACCUCUCGAGCCUCCCUCGAGCUUGCUGCGCUCCCAAAUGUCCGCCUCGUCACAGGCGACUUCUCCAACCCGGCCGCCAUCUUCGCCCAAGUGCCGGAACCCUGGGGCAUGUUUUUGAUGACCAUGCCUCUGCAAGGCGCCGCGCUGGAGGAACGACAGGGCAAAGCGCUCGUCAAAGCGGGGUUGGAAGCAGGUGUGAAACAUGUGGUUUUCACGGCCACGGACCGUGGGAAGGACGUCGAGAACGACCCUACGCCAAUUGCGCAUUUCGCGAGCAAAUUCCGGAUUGAGAAAGAUCUCAUCGCGGGAGUCGCCACGGCGAACCAACAAGAGAAAGCGAAUGAAGAAGUGACCUACACUAUUCUCCGACCCGUCGCCUUCUACGAAAAUCUGUCUCCGGACUUCCUUGGCCGGGCCUUCGUGGGGAUGUGGACGCUCAGCAAACCUCAAUCGAAGAUCAAGUUCAUCUCGACCGCGGACGUGGGUCGGGUGGGUGCGUUGGCUUUCUUGCAUAGCAAGGAGCAGGGGUACAAGAACGCAGGAAUCUCGUUGGCGGGAGAGGAGAUUGAUAUCGAGGAGGCGGGAAGGAUAUUCAAGGAGGUCACGGGGAAGGAGAUGGUGGCGACGUAUGGUGUUGUGGCGAGAGGGUUGAAGUGGAUGUUGAAGGAGCAGGUAGGGACCAUGUUUGAUUGGAUCCGGGAUGUCGGGUUUGGAGUUGAGGUUCAGACUGUGAGGGAGAGGUUUCCAUUUGUGAUGGGCUUCAGGCAGUGGUUGCUGGAGGAGAGUGCAUGGAAGACGGAGGAGAAAAGAUGA